AUGCUGAAAGCGAUGGGGUUUGAAGCUAAAGUCUACUACCUUGAGCGUCUCAAGCUUUAUGAGACCGAAAAGCCCUACAUGGUUGCCUUUGAACUGCCUGUCAACACCGGAAGUACCACCAACCAUUCAUAUGCGCCUUUCCAAGUGCACAUGACUGAUGCACAGUCGAUAAAGGAUUCUUUCUCUCUUGAUGUCCAUGGCUUUCAAUUUGAGCAGUGGCCUACUGAUCUGAAGCCUGAAGACUUUGAUGAUGACGACACAGGGCUAUUGACAUACGGGUUUUAA